GGCGGGGGCCCCGAAACAUGAAUACGAACGCUCUGUCCCCUUCGGCCGCGGUCGCCACUCCCUCCUCAGGGGGCGACGCGCCCGGGAUCGAGCAUGGCCCGUAAGGGCGGCGGGGCUAUUCAGGUUCCGGGGCGGGCGGCCCCGUGAGGCGGGGCGCUCGGUCACGGCGAGCGGGAUGGCGGCGGCAAGCGGUGCGGCCGCGGCGCCGGAUCCAGAGAUGGAGCCGGAGGUGCCGCGGCGCGGCCCGGCGGAGGGCGAGGAGGCGGCGGCGGCCGAGCUGGCGGCCGAGCUGGCGGCGCGGCGUAGCGCGGAGGCGCGGCGGCUGGUGCUGUCGCCGCGGCGGCUGUGGGGCCCGCUGCCCGCCGGGCUGUCGCAGUGGUUCCCGGCGCUGGAGGUGCUGGACGUGAGCGGGACGGGGCUGGCGGAGCUGGGCGAGGAGCUGCUGGCCCUGCCGCGCCUGCACACGUUGCUGGCCAAGAACAACCGGCUGGGCGGGCCCGGCUCGCUGCCCAAGGCGCUGGGGCAGGCCCCGCUGAGCCGCUCCCUGCGCGUCCUCAACCUCAGCGGCAACCGCUUCGCCGAGCUACCGCCCGCCCUGCUGGGCCUCCGCGGGCUGCAGAGCCUCAGCCUCGGCGGCAACCGCCUGCACGGCAUCCCGCCCGACAUCCAGGAGCUCCGCAGUUUGGAGUUUCUAUACCUUGGAGGGAAUUUCAUUACUUCAAUUCCACCUGAAUUGGCAAACCUGCCUUCUCUAAGCUCUCUAGUUCUAUGUGACAACAAGAUUCAGAGCAUUCCACCUCAGCUGGCACAGCUGCAUUCCCUGCGUUCCCUCAGCCUGCACAAUAACCUCCUGACUUACCUCCCUCGAGAGAUUCUUAACCUGGUUCACCUGGAGGAGCUGAGUUUGCGAGGGAACCCGCUGGUGGUUCGCUUCGUCCGUGACCUGACCUACAACCCCCCAAGCCUUCAGGAGCUGGCAGGACGCACAAUUAAAACUCGCAAUGUUCCCUAUGCUCCCAGUGAUCUCCCAGAGAAUCUUGUCCGCUAUCUGAGCUUGGCCAGCAACUGUCCCAACCCUAAAUGUGGGGGUGUCUACUUUGACAGCUGUGUCAGACAAAUCAAGUUUGUUGACUUCUGUGGGAAGUACCGCAUCCCGCUGAUGCACUACUUGUGCUCCCCCGAGUGCUCCUCGCCCUGCAGCUCUGCCUCCCAGAGCUCCACUUCCCAGAGCGAGUCUGAUUCCGAAGAUGAAGCCAGCGUUGCUGCACGCAGGAUGCAGAAAGUCCUUCUGGGAUAACAGAGAACAAAACAGGAGGACUGGAAAAGGAGAAGUGUUUGAAAAGUAACAAUGGAACAGCAAAGCACGAGCCUUUGGCCUGAGGGGCUCACAAGAAACUUUCCUCGAGUCCUUGUAGAGGGCAGAGCACCUUAGCAAGCCUCGGCUUGCUUGCUGCAGCGCUACUUAGGAGAACUAACUCAGUGGAUACUGCCUGUAGGGUACCUGGGGUUGUUAGAUAUGUCUGCUGUCUGGGUGACCCCCUCGUGUGGGCUGGGGAGGGGCUUUGUCCUGACUGGCAGAUCGAGAAACGUUUAAUAUGUGACACUUGACAGGACUUCAGUCAUCCUGCAGAGCAAAGGAGGCUGACCAGAUCCUUGAACACUGUGGUAAAUCAGGAACAGGCUAAUGAUGCCACAUGGGUAUGCAUAGAUCCUAAUGUUUUGUAGAGCAUUUUGAUUCUUUUUAGUCUCCUUUGAUUUCAGUUACAGAUCUUGAACCCAUCCACCAAAUAUAGGAGCUGUUUUUUGUUGUUGUUCAGGAGUAGAUCUUUCAAACUCUGGUUACUGCUCCUUUACCCGGAGGCACAGGGUCCCUGUGCUGCUGCCAACAUUACAGCCAUAGAACUGAGCCACCCUUUUUUCUCCUUCAUUACACCAGGCUGCCCUUAGUGCUUCCUCCGAACAGUAUUCAUUUUUUUCCUCCUUCUGCCUCUUCCCAUUACACUUGAAGUGCUGCUUUUUUGUGGUGUCUUCAGAAGAUGGAUUAGUUGUUCUGUUGAGACUUCAUAUUAGCUUGGACCUGUGGCCAUGUGUGCCUGUGCACGGGACCAGAUGUGAUGCUCUCUAGCACGUGUUUUGAGUCUCAGCUUGCUGAAGCAAAUCUACUUUUAUGCCUGAGUUGCAGGAAAUGUCAGUUAAGACCUUUCCUGUCCUUAAGCAAGCAUGUUCCUGUGCUGCAGCAGCUAGCUCUCCUAUGCUUGCUGCAGGGCCACCAUCUAUCUUUAAGCUCAUCUACUUAAAGCAGAGAGCACCUUAGUGAAUUGGAAGUGCAAAGAGACGUGCUGCGGAUAACGGUUUUUGGGUUUUUUUUAUUCUUAACGUGAGAGGAAAAGAAAAACGUAACACACCUUGUCUGUGCACCUUGCUGGGGGGUGAUUUUGAAGCCCCUUCCUUAUUUGCAUUAGCUCUUGCUGUGAUAGACGUGGCAGUCUGUUGGCUUGUUCAAGUAACACGUUCAGUUAUCUUAAGCUAUUUUUAAAUGAAAGCCACAGAAAUUUUUUCAGAGUUUUUAAGUGUAAAGAAAUAGCUUUUACAAGCUAGAAGCAUGAAAUUGAACGUUGCUUAUAAAUCUACCUGUUGGUGUUUUGCUUAGUGAGAGCUGCCCCUCUCAAUAUUUCCAGCAGACAGUCCUUUUGUUGCAGUCUCAGUACAGCAAAUCCAGCUGUGCCUUUGAAUGCAUGGGCAGAACAAAUAUUUCACGUUAAGAUGCUAAAUGAACGAGCAUAACUUUAGUUAACCCACUUUGGUCCUAAGGGGGUAAUUAAAAACCUGUGCUUCUCUCUUGCGUUUGGAAAACACGUGUGCCUUUUAGGAUAUCUUAUGGCAGCUCUGUGUUAAUGGUCCUGUUUAAUUAUGCCUGACACUUUAUUAAAGCACUUUGAUAAUUCUACUCUUUGUAACUAGCUUUAGUGAUUUAUUUUUUUUAAGCUAGAGUUUUCCUUCUAAUGUGACCUGACAAACAAGGUCUGUGAAACUUUGUACAUUCCAGUCUGUCUCAGUGUGCAGGUUUAACUUCUUGCCUUGCACUUCCUUGACAGAACUGAUUGCUUCCCUGGUUUCCUUUGCAGAGAACUUGAAUCUGAAAGAAAUGAUCUGCUUAUUAACUAUUGCAGCUUACUCUAAAUCCUGCAACCAAGAAGUGUAUAAGGAGUUGAAUGGCACAUGCUCUGUGCCUUCCCAAAUCAUUUUCACAAGUAUGUUUUUAAGACAGGUGCACGUACAAAGCAACUGGAUGUCACUUUAGGAAAUUCUGUGAGGUUUGCUUAGAAAGAAAAACCCACAGUUCUGAAAAGAGAACAACUGCGUGCUGUCAGUUAAAUAGGGAUCGGUGAGUGGCCGAUGUUUUCUUCAUCUCUUCUUUCAGAUGCUUAUUCCUGUUCCGAUUGAAUCUUGUCAUACAAAUGCUAAAGGACAGUAAACUGAUUGCAGAGCCACAAUUUUAAGUUUACUGCUAAUUUUAACAGUAGGGAGUAACUGUGUGAUCUGGAGCUUGGCUUUUUUGCCGGUUAAAGUGAACCACAUAAGCUGAGAUUUCAAGAUCGUUUGAGCUCAGGGCCAUGGAGUACUGCCUGCCUUUCUUCUCUUGAGUAGCAGCCGUCUUGAAGUGAUGUAUUUUUCAUCUCACCAAGUUAGAUUUCACAGCCACUUUGCUGCCACAGUUCCUGUUUGCACAGUAACACCUAUGUGUGUGACAGGCUGAGACGAGUGGUGGCUGGUUCUGAUGUAGCUCUUUCCUCAGGUGCAUUUUCUUGACUAACCAAACAAGCAGCCCAUCUCUACUCCAUUCUAAUCGUGCUAAUAGGCUAAUCUGUUUUUGUAGCUGCUUUACUGUAGCCAGGUCAAAAGUUGACAGCUUAUGCAAUGGAUAUCUAUACUUUUUUAGACUUGAUAAAAUAUCUCUUAACAAAAAAUAUAUAUAUUUGUGAAUAUAGCUAUUGAUUUCUCUUUGUGCUGCUGGGAUUUAAAGUGCAAUUCAAGUAAGUCAGAAUUUAAAACAAUCAGGGACUUGUCAGAAAUACGACUCGUUGGUCGUUUUCCUUUCCCCUUGGAGGUGGAUGUGAGGGCGCUAGAGGUACAGGUUGAUGCUUGCAGUGCCUAACAUACUGAGCCCCCCAGAAAUCAAGAUUUUCAGCAGUUUUAUCCCUCAAAAACUGGAAAAGGUACUGGACCAUAAAAUAGGUAAGAUGAAACUUGAAAAUUUGCUGGCAGAUGGUAGGUUCCUACCAUCCCCUUCUUGGAGGCCCUGGGAAGCAGGCAGUGGUUUUGCCAGUAUUCUGGCUCGUAGCUCUUUUUUUGCCAGUUUUAAAUAGUGGAUUUCAGUUGCUUCCAAUGUGCCUCCGGCUGCAGUCUUCAGUCAGUGUUUUGGUAUCGUUCCCCUUGUUGCUACAGCAGCCCAGCAUGUCUGGCUUUUGAAAAUGUUCUUAAACUGAGACACAAGUGCAUGAAGGAAAGUUGCUCAUUCCAUCUUCCCUGCAGGGUCGAGGGCCCUGCCGGCAUUGUUCCUCUGUCUCGCCAUCUCCUUGCCAAGAGGAGCUGAUGGCGUGCUUCUGAAUGCAGGUACUUAAUAGGAGCAGUGGGAUCACAGGAAAAAAGAAGUAAAAUAUCAACUUGACUCGGAGCAAUUUCUACAGUUGCCAGUUCUUUUAUGUUUGUUAUUCUUUAAUAAGAGGUGAGACUUGAGGAAGUCAGUAAUGAAUAUUGAAACGUACUCUGAAGUGGCCAGAUGCAGUUUUUCGUGGGCUUCUGUCCUGGUCAUUUUGAGUCUUUGAAAUGUUGUGUUGAAUUAUAAUGGGAGUGGGGGGGAGGGAGAGGAAAACCAGCUCCUUUUUGUUUCUUACUCUUGUUGGCAAUAAUGAAUGGAAGGAAUUUAAUCCAAUGAAAGUAAUGAAACUUAAUCCUUGCGCUGUGUCUUUGUUAACCAGUUCAAAGAACUAUUUUUAACGCAUCUUAUUCAUGCCAGGCAGAUGAAUUUCUGCCAUCGCCACCCCCCAGCUGAAGAUACUUCAAGUAGACUACUUCAGAAUGCACACUAAUGCAGCAGUAACUCUAUCUUGGAAGCUUCCACUGAUUGUUUCAUUUGCCUGCCUGACUAGAGGAUUGGUCUUUUACUGACCCGAACAUUAAGGCGAGGAAGGGUUCUCAUCUAGCCCUCUUGCUGAAUUUUUGUUUUAGGAAGCCUUAAAGUGCCUUACUUUUUUUAAAAUGUAUUUUGCUAAAAAUGUCUGAAUGUAGAAUAUCUCUAACAUUAUUUCAUUAUGAGCUGUAAAACAAACUGUAAACACUAAACCAAAAAUGUUAUUUCUGUA